AUGGUGAUUGUCCUGGCAGAUGCAGACUUCGGAGGAGAUUUCGAUGAAGAAGCACAUGACAGAGAUGAAUUUCACAUCGACCAGUUGGUGAAUGAGUUCGUCGAUGAACCACCAGUCCGCCAUGAUGUGUAUCCGGAGAGUGAUACCGAUGAAAACGGUGACGGUACAGAGCCAGUUCAUACACAUAUCAGGCGCGGUGAUGGGCAUUUGUACGAUAAGCAGACAUUCUUCAGUGGAGUUGCUUUCAAAGAAGCAGUGACGGACUAUGUUCUCAGAACUGGAAACAAUUUGAAGCAAUACAGGUAUGAUAAAGAUAAAAUUGGCUUUAUGUGUGUUGGUUGUAAUGGAGAUGAUGGUUCACGGUGUGAGUGGAAGGUGUAUGCCGCAAUUCUGCCAAGUGAUAACAUGUGGAGGAUUAGAAAGUUUAAUGAUAAGCAUAGUUGUAUCCCUAAUGGAGAAUGUGAGAUGUUCAAGGUUCCACAUAUAGCUAGGUUAUUUCUUGAUAAGAUUAGAGAUAAUCCUGAGUACUUCAUGCCAAUGAAAAUGGAAGAAAUCAUAAAGGAAAGGUGGAAGAUUAGUGUCACUAGGCAUCAAUGUCAGGCGGCUAGAAAGAAGGCACUAAUUUGGAUUGAUAAGGAGUAUGAUGAACAGUUUGCUAGAUUAAGAGAUUAUGCUGCUGAGAUAUUAGAAUCUAACAAGGAUUCACAUGUAGAGGUUGAAUGUGUGACUGAUGAUGGAGGGAAAGACAUGUUCAAUAGGUUCUAUGUUUGUUUUGACAACAUAAGAAGAACAUGGAAAGAGACUUGUAGGCCUUUAAUAGGAAUGGAUGGUUGCUUCCUAAAGAAUAAGGUCAAGGGACAGCUUUUGGUAGCUUUAGGUAAAAAUGCUAACAAUGGUAUUUAUCCAAUAGCAUGGGGGGUUGUAAAAGUUGAGAACACCGACAAUUGGGCAAAAGGGAUUGAUCAAAGCUGUUCAGCUGGAAUUGCCAAAGAUGGAGCAUCGAACAUCUACGGGAACUUGAAGAAGCAUCAUGGAAAUAAAACUCGGAUGAAGCCACUUUUGUGGGAUUUGGCUUGGUCUUACAAUGAGACGGAUUAUAAGCGGCACUUGGAGAGGAUCUACUGUUAUGAUACUGGUGUAUACAAUGAUGUCAUGAGGACAAAUCCAAAAAGCUGGUGUAAGGCAUUCCACAAGAUUGAGAGUUAUUGUGAAGAUGUUGAUAAUAACCCCACAGAGUCUUUUAACAGCUCCAUUAACAAGGCAAGGGAGAAACCAUUUAUUGCUAUGCUAGAGACAAUCAGACGACUUGCGAUGGUGAGGAUUGCCAGAAGGUCUGCAGAAUCUUAUUCUCACACAGGGAUCUGCACUCCAUAUGUUGCAUUGUUUCUAGCUAAAGAGCAUAAGUAUGCGUGUGAGUCGAAGGUUUAUUCAAGCACAAAUGGAACAUAUGAAGUACAUCAUGGUUUAGAUAAACAUAGAGUCUGCCUUAAGAAGAUGGUUUGUUCCUGCAUGAAGUGGCAGAUAUGUGGCAUCCCAUGUGAACAUGCCUAUGCAGUCAUCAUCGAGAAAACACUUGUCGCCGAGAACUAUGUAUGUCAAUGGUUCAGGACAGCUAUGUGGAGAAGAAACUACACCGAAGGCCUGGUUCCACAGAGAGGUCCAAGGUUUUGGCCUGAGACAAAUGCUCCUAAUGUGUGUAUACCAGAUGAUGAAGAUCAAGAUAAAGGUACGAAGAAAAAGCCUGACAAAAAGAGGAAGAAGGGUGCCAAUGAGUCGUCAACUAAGAAGAAACCAAAGGAGAAGAAAAGAAUCAUGCAUUGUGGCAUUAGUGGAGAAGCGAAUCAUAAUUCUAGGUUCCACAAGAAAGAGUUUGCCAAGUCAAGUCAAGGGGAACCAAGUGAAGGUUCACUCACUCAAGCUUAA